AUGCACAGUGAUGAAGAAGAAGAACCAUUAUUCCCUGUAGAAGAAGAGGUGACUCAUGUUGAUCCUACUAAGAUGGAGGUAAAGUAUGCUUUUAAUAAAAAUAGUGCUUAUAAGAAACAUCUUAGGGGUUACUGUGUAAAACAUUAUUAUCAGUAUACGGUCUAUAAGAGUGACAAAACAAGAUUAAGAGUGAGAUAUAAGACAUUCAUGAGCAUGACUAUUUCAUUUGCUGCACCAAUGAGAGGAUUUCAGAAAGCUUGCAGGGGAGUCAUAGGUUUAGAUGCAUGCCAUCUAACUGGAAAGCGUGGUGGUGUUCUAAUGGCUGCAACAACAAUUGAUGGUCAGAAUUCUCUGGUGCCUUUAGGCAUUAGGGUGGCUAAGAGUGAAACCAAGGAGAGCUGGACUGGGUUCCUCAAGGAUUUGGCUCCAGCAAUCAAUGCACAUCAUGCUGGCAGAAUUACCUUUAUUAAAGGAUUGUUGGAAUCUGUUCCAAAGGUUUUACCUGGUGCAAGAGUUAGAUAUUGCUUCAGGCACUUGUACAAGAACUUCAAGAAGUACCACAAGGCACCAACCUUGCACAGCUUAUUGUGGAAUGCAUGCAAAGCUUACAAAGUGAGGCAUUUUCAGGAGCACUUCGACAACAUAUGCAAAGAAAGUCCGGCUGCUGGUGAAUAUCUUAGGAAAGAAGAUCCAAGUACUUGGUCUAGGGCUUAUUUUGAUCCCCUUAGCUGUUGUGAGCAUAUGAAUAACAAUUUCUCAGAAUCAUUUAAUUCUAUGAGUUCUAAUAUGAGAGAUAAACCAAUAAUCCAACUAGGCAUGAUGUAUGGUCAGUUAGUAAUGGGUUUUUUAUUUAAGAGAAAGGAAGAAUCUGCUAAGUGGAAUCAAAAUGAUUUGGUCCCUGCUGCUGUUAAGUUGAUAAAUAAGAUGCUUGACUUGGUUGGGAAGUUUGAUACAGAAGGAAGUGUGGUUGGACAGGUUUAUUUGGUAACUAAUGUGUCUACCAAGAAAAUUUUCACAGUGAACAUUGUAGACAAACAAUGCACUUGUUUGCAAUGGCAGCUAAGGGGAUUCCCUUGCCAACAUGCUGUAUGUGCAUUGAAACUGCUCAGGCCAAACUGGAAAGAGUAA